AUGGCUCCAUUUUAUAUAACCUGCCCUGGAUGUAAUAAUACUAUCACGUUCAAAACUAACCCUGCCGAGGCUGGGUACACUCCUGAAGAAGGUGCAGUAAGAAAUUAUGAACGAAAGCCAAAAAAGAAACACGAUGCCGAGGAAGAAGAUCCUUACCGUGACCAAGAUAAAAAUGAUGGACUCAAUAAUAGAGAAGUCAAGAGAAAACAAGAAGGUGAGACUGAUGAGGAAAUAUUGAAACGAUUAGAAGCGGAGGAGAAAGCAGAUCGAGACUAUCAAAAUUUACUCAAACGGAGAAAGAAUAAUCCAUUUUGGACUGAAAACAGUGGUGGUGCUGAUGGCGAUGUAAUGGAAAAGUUUGAGAAAAGAUUAGUCGAACAGCAUAAGGAACAACAAUUGAAUGAGGAAUUAGAAGCUAUUCAGAGGCAGGUUGAUGCUCGUAAAGAAAGAGGCGGUGACGACGCAUUGGUGGACUUGGUAACAAAGAAGUUCGAAAGCAGGCAAGUGAGCGAAGUGGGUAACAUAAAAAAAAGUGGAAUGGAAACAGAAAUACAAAAGGAGGAAAAUAGGGAGGACAAGAGUGAUUUGGCAGUUCCAAUACAAACAAAAACUAAAGAUGAAAAAGGACCAGGAUUGAGCAAAUUGUUAAGUAAAACUGAAGACUUAGGCCCAAAAACUGGCCCAUUAAUGAAUAUACCUACAAAGAUUCUAAUCAAAAAGAGACCGCAGCAAGUAUCCCUGCAAAUACCAUCAUCAACGACAACAACUGCAAAUGCAACUACGACAACAAUACCACCCCUCUCGAAGAGCUUAGUUGAAUAUUCAAGUGAUAGUGAUUAA